AUGGAUCUUGUUUACAUGCCAGAAAUUAUGACCUACGGAUCAUUCAGGGCUCCGGCUUUAAGAGACUAUGAGCAACCGUGGAAUAAAAAUUAUUUUCAAUAUGGUAAAUCACCGUCUAAUAACACGACUAGACAACAGCAAGAACAUCUACAGCAACAAUUACGCGCAAACUCUAAAAAGGAACACUGCCAUUUGUGUAAAGAGAGCAAGAGAAGAUCACUCGGGGCCUAUAUAAAGGGCAAAGGUAGAUCUAUUUCUUGUAACGAGAUACACGAAGAGGUGGAGGAGGAAGAUGAAGAAAUUGAUAAUGCCAGGGACAAUAAAAACCAGUCAUCUGAUAAUAAAACUUGCAAGCCAAGCGUUAAAAAUAAUGAAAAAACUGCCACUAAAUUGUAA